CUCGGAUUACCCAGCCUAUCGCCAAACUUUCCGGGUGCCAGCCCGUCUCUGAGUCGCAUUUCUGAGCGAGUGUCCCGGGGUUGGAGAACCCAGGCUGGGGGCCGACUAUCUGCUGCUUUCGGGAUCCGCGAAGCUUCUUUUUUAAAGAGUACUUUCCCUGGAAUCGGAGCCCUAACCGUCCCUCCCCACCCUAUCUGGAGAAGAGCUGAGCGCUGCCUGCGGAGGCAGCGCCUUCCCGAAACAUUUUUUCUUUGGACGGAUUUAAGAGAAAAAGAAACCAACAGGUUGCCAGCCCCGGCGCCACACACAAGUCGGCGGAAAGGCCGGCCGGGUUUCCCCUGGCUGCGUGGGCCCCGCGCGGGCUGCGGCAGGCGAGGCGAGGGUAGGGAGGGGGCUAUGGCUCGGCCUGACCCGGCCGCACCGCCCUCGUUGUUGCUGCUGCUCCUGGCGCAGCUGGCGGGCCGGGCGGCGGCUGCCUCCAAGGCCCCCGUGUGCCAGGAAAUCACAGUGCCCAUGUGCCGCGGCAUCGGCUACAACCUGACGCACAUGCCCAACCAGUUCAACCACGACACGCAGGACGAGGCUGGCCUGGAGGUGCACCAGUUCUGGCCGCUGGUGGAGAUCCACUGCUCGCCGGACCUGCGCUUCUUCCUGUGCUCCAUGUACACGCCCAUCUGCCUGCCGGACUACCACAAGCCGCUGCCGCCCUGCCGCUCGGUGUGCGAGCGCGCCAAGGCCGGCUGCUCGCCGCUCAUGCGGCAGUACGGCUUCGCCUGGCCGGAGCGCAUGAGCUGCGACCGCCUCCCGGUGCUGGGCCGCGACGCCGAGGUCCUGUGCAUGGAUUACAACCGCAGCGAGGCCACCACGGCGCCCCCCAGGCCCUUCCCGGCCAAACCUACCCUCCCAGGCCUAGCAGGGGCCCCGGCCUCGGGGGGCGAGUGCGCCGCCGGGGGCCCGUCGGUGUGCAAGUGCCGCGAGCCCUUCGUGCCCAUUCUGAAGGAGUCGCACCCACUCUACAACAAGGUGCGCACGGGCCAGGUGCCCAACUGCGCGGUGCCCUGCUACCAGCCCUCCUUCAGCCCCGACGAGCGCACGUUCGCCACCUUCUGGAUUGGCCUGUGGUCUGUGCUGUGCUUCAUCUCCACCUCCACCACGGUGGCCACCUUCCUAAUAGACAUGGAACGCUUCCGCUACCCUGAGCGCCCCAUCAUCUUCCUGUCUGCCUGCUACUUGUGCGUGUCGCUGGGCUUCCUGGUGCGCCUGGUGGUGGGCCAUGCCAGCGUCGCCUGCAGCCGCGAGCAUAGCCACAUUCACUACGAGACAACAGGCCCUGCGCUGUGCACUGUCGUCUUCCUGCUGGUCUACUUCUUUGGGAUGGCCAGCUCCAUCUGGUGGGUCAUCCUGUCGCUCACCUGGUUCUUGGCAGCUGGCAUGAAGUGGGGCAACGAGGCCAUCGCCGGCUACGCACAGUACUUCCACCUGGCCGCGUGGCUCAUCCCCAGCGUCAAGUCCAUCACGGCGCUGGCGCUGAGCUCGGUGGACGGGGACCCGGUGGCCGGCAUCUGCUACGUGGGCAACCAGAACCUGAACUCGCUCCGUGGCUUCGUGCUGGGCCCGCUGGUGCUCUAUCUGCUGGUGGGCACCCUCUUCCUCCUGGCGGGCUUCGUGUCGCUCUUCCGCAUCCGCAGCGUCAUCAAGCAGGGCGGCACCAAGACGGACAAGCUGGAGAAGCUGAUGAUCCGCAUCGGCAUCUUCACGCUGCUCUACACGGUGCCGGCCAGCAUCGUGGUGGCCUGCUACCUGUACGAGCAGCACUAUCGCGAGAGCUGGGAGGCGGCGCUCACCUGCGCGUGCCCGGGCCCCGACGCCGGCCAGCCGCGCGCCAAGCCGGAGUACUGGGUGCUCAUGCUCAAGUACUUCAUGUGCCUCGUGGUGGGCAUCACGUCGGGCGUCUGGAUUUGGUCCGGCAAGACUGUGGAGUCGUGGCGGCGCUUCACGAGCCGCUGCUGCUGCCGCCCGCGGCGGGGCCACAAGAGCGGCGGCGCCACCGCUGCCGGGGACUAUGACGCGAGCGCCGCGCUCACCGGCAGGACCGGGCCGCCGGGCCCCCCCACAGCCGCCGCCGCGGCCGCCGCCUACCACAAGCAGGUGUCCCUGUCGCACGUGUAGGAGGCCGAGGCCCUGAGGGGCCGGGAGUUGAGGGGGGGAGGGGGUGUUUUGUUUGGUAGCUUUGCCAAGUUCACUUCCGUUUACCUUCAUGGUGCUGAUGCCCCCUCCUGGGGCAACUUGGAGAGGGGAAAAGGGCCCUUUCAAGGAGCACCUGUCCCAGGACUUCUCAAAGGGGCUCAGCUCGCGUGUAUACCAUUUUGCGUUUCUUACUACUUUUUUUUUUUUUAAGGGAAACCCUGUUUUUAAUUUAUAUGUAGUUUUCUUAAUUUUUAACUUUGUUGCAUUUUGGCAACAAAAUUUACCUUUGCUUUGGGGGCUUUACAAUCCUAAGGUUGGCAUUAUAAUGAAGUUCCGCUUGGUUCAGGUUUCUUUGAACUGUGUGGUCUAAUUGGGAAAAUAUAUUUCCUAUACUUGUGUCUUUAAAAAAAAAUGUGAACAGUGAAAGUUUAGGUUGCUAUGACUGGGGAGUUGUUGGAUGUGCUUUCUCAGCUUGUUUUCUCCUUUCACUGCUUAAAGUGUCCAGGAUGCUUUAAGGUGAGCUGCUUGUCUCUGUUUAUAGUCCCUGAGUUAGGGGAAACCCCAAUUCAUGCCAAGGAGGGGGAGCAUAAUGUGGUUAGGGCCCCCUCAAAGUGACAGGGUUAGAGAGUGUUUGACGAUUUUGUUUAUUUAUCGAGCUUCAGUUUCUUUUCUGUAGUACUUGUAAUCAUUCUUAUUCUUAACAGCACCCAGCGUUGUCUUGAAUAAGUUAAAGGUAGCAUUAUAGAGUGCUGGUAUAAAUAUUUGGAAAAUUGAAAACCUAAGGGAUGGUGAUUGGUUGAGCUUGAAUUCUAGACUGGUAAAAUGGCAGCUUUGUGCCAGAGAAGGAGUGGGUGGUUCUUAAUAGGCUUCAGUGAUCCCAUUUUUUUUUUUUUUUUUUUUUUAAAGAACCUGUGUUCUGAUUUUGGUCAAAGUAAACCCCCACUCCCUUCUUCUGGAAAUACUUAGAGAUAGUUGUUAAAGGGGCUGCUUUUUUAGACUUAAGGACUAAACAUACCUCCAGUAAUUAAGUAAAUUUCCAACACUUCUCUUAUCUGCUCCACCCAUCCCACCUCCUUUAUCAUGUUAAACAGUCUUUUAGCUUUUCUUAUUCCUCCUCUCCUGGAGAGCUGUGAUUAAGAAACCACACCCACCCUUGAAUGGGGUGCUUGAACUGGGGGGAGGGAGGUUGGCUACCUGUGAACAAACAUUGGCAGCAAGGAGGGAAAAAUAAGUGUCCCUGGACUUUGGACUAGUUUAAUAGUCAGAUAGUCCCAAAGCAGCAAAACACGGCUUUCUUCAGUCUCUCAAAACAAAUGACACACAGGAUGUAUCAGGGUCCUGCUGCUGCAGGAGGAAAGCUGUCCUCUCUCCCCCACAUCAGUUUGUUUCUCUCAAUCUCUCUCUCUUUUUUUUCCCUGAGAAAACCUGUGUCAUGAUGAGCACACACUUGCAUGAACCCCCAUGCAAAUACACAUGCACUUUGCUGUUAGAGAAUUCUGUUUGUUUUCCUAAAUCUUCUUAACCAUUCGUAUAUACGAAGGCCUAUGUAUGAACACACACACACACACACACACACACACACACACAUUUCUUUCCUAUUAAAGAAUUCUGUUUGCUUUUCUAAUCUGUUUAACUGUUCCUUCGUGAAGAGUCUGAGGCCAUGACUUGGGGAAGGAGGCGAGAGUGCAUUGGCCUGCAAAAUGCCAGUGACCAGGGUUGAGUGGGGACUAUAUUUAGGAAGCUAAAACAGCAAAAACAAUUGGAAAAUUUAGAAUGGCUCCCUAGGAAAAUGACAAGUCUGGGCAUUUGAGCUUCGUGUAUAGCGAAGUUGGGAAAGUAAGGUUUAAAUCCAGGUCAGUUUUCACUUCAUGGGUUAUAAGGAAAGACCUGCAUAGUUCCAUAGUGAACUGAAACCCUUUGCUGCAGGGAGAAGCCUGGUAUUGUAGUUUUGCAGACUCUCAAAAGCUGUUUGUGUUUAUAAAAAUGCACAAGUUAAAAUUUCAGUGGAUUCGACAAAAUUUAGUACGUAGAACUACAGAACUUUGCACGUCUUAUUCCUGUCCUUAUUCAGAAGCUGUGGCUUGGAACCUUGGAGUAGAUCCCCUGUCUGAGGGCCAAUUCUUCUGUUUUUCAAAUGAGGACCUUUUGUGAUCACCUUGACCCCUUCCCUCAUUUAGGGUGUCUUCUCGGAAAUUACAUAGAUUUUUCUGCUGCCUUCAGUCACUGUGCUUAAUUUGCAUUGUCCCCCUUACUUUUUCUUUGUGGAGGGAAUCUGGAAAUGAUGCACAGUGUAUCUAAAAGUUGUGGCAUGAAAUGGAUGAAAGUGGAUUAAUUCCUCUUUAAAAAAUUUUUUCAUUUUGGCAACAUGCCAACUCUAAGAGACUGACCAGUUAAAACCAAACAGAAAAAGGGUGUUGACAAAGGACACAAAGCCAAGGAGAGGCGAUGUAGGUAAUGUCUUUUGGGGUCUAGUUGUAGAACCGAUUUUAGAGAUGCCCCUUUGUUUUCAGUCUGUGUUCUCACGCCUGCCCUCCCUCUCCCUUCCCUCAAGGAUAAAAGCCCACCUGCUUCCCUCGGGUCUUACUACUGCCCACCACCCCAUCCCUACCCAGAGGAGAGAGGUCAGAUCUAUUUAUGGUCACCUUCUGCUUAUAUCCCACACGCUAUUUCCCCAAUUUGUAUUUUUAUUAUGCAAACAAUCCAUACUCAUGAAAACAAAUAAAAUGAAAGGUUGUGUGUUGGGGGACAGGGAGAGAAGUCUAGCAACUUCUUCACAGAUAGCUUUGUGCCAUUGAAGAGGAUUUAUGGUUCUGUUGAAUGGCAUGCCCAGCUUCCAGGCGGUCCCUUUCACAGUUCAGCUUUUAGCAUCAUAUCACGUCAUAGAUUGGGGGUGAAGAUGUAGAAGGUUGUCGAAAGGAACUAAUGUGACCUUUUAGUGAAUCGGUUAGCCAGACUUUAGGAAGUCUCUUUAACUUACAGUAUUUCCCUCCUCACAUUUUGAUGUUGUCUAAAUUGGCUGAGAAUAAUUUUUCUUGGUGCCUUAUUGGUUUAUCUUUGCAAACCUUUGUCAUCUUUCCACAUGACCGUUCGCAAUGACAGGCCUGUGUGUGUGUAUGUGUGCGCGCGCGUGCGUGUGUGUAUGUGUGUGUUGUGUAAUUGUGCACACGUACAAGCUUAAAUCAUGUGCCAACAGCACUGUUUCCAAGUUGAUAUUCAUUAGGCUGUUUCCUCCUGGGCCAGGGCUGCACUAAUCCUGACACUGGCUGCCAGCAGAAAACCCCAUGGAUCCCACACUGAACCUUAACAACAGUGUGGGUGACCUGCACUCUCCAGUACAGAAUGGGAGCCCCAGAGCUAGGAAAUGUAGUUGUGUAUUUUAAUGAACUGCCCCUGCUAAACGGGCUUCUUUCACUUUUGUGCUCUACAGAAAGACCAAGGGGGGCAGGAGGGACAAAGCUUUGAGUAACUGCUUUCUAACACCCACUGUGGCAGACAGGACAGAGAACCUCACAAAUCCAGGCAGGUGUGAGGGACAGUGGCUGCGAAUCGCCUGCUCCCUCUCUCCGCGUGCCUUUUCUUGCCUCCGAAGUCCAAUCAAGGCAUCCUGGAAAGAAAAUAUGCCUGGAGUUGGGGGGAGGGUGAUUCUGAGGGGGAAAAGCUACCAAGACAUUAAAGCGGGGCAAAGGGUAGGCAGGAUGGAAGUCACUGAGUAACCUGACUCAGAACCCUAAAAGCUUCUAGCAGCUCGGUGACAAUUCCCAGGAUUUAUUUCAGGCGGGAUCGCGUCCACGGUACAUCAUUUUGAGACAAUAGUACUCCCGGUUGUUAGAAACUGUAUGUGUAGUAUGUGUGUGUUUUGGGUGUGUAUAUACGUAAUAUAUAUUAUAUAUAUGAGAGAUUUAGUGACUUUCGAUACGGGUUUGGUGCAGGUGAAUUUAUUACUGAGCCAAAUGAGGCACAUACCAAGUCAGUAGUUGGAGUCCAGGACAUUCAGUCCUUUUUCUGAUUUUCACGGACACAUAGUGCCUGUCAUGCCUCCUCACUGUCAUGUCAGAUCCAGAACUCACAGGUCAGAGCCAGCGGUAUUCUAUUUGGAGACAAUCAACUUGAAUCUAUAAAUCAUUAUUGGCAGAUGAUUAUAAUUCUGAAUCCAUAACAUUAACAAAAGGUAACCCAGAGCAUCUUGAUUAAGAAGUUUUUGUUUCUUGUUUGGUUCCUGGAAGUCCGUAGAACAGCAGUUGUAUGUGGUUAUGUUAGUCUCAAGAUACUUAAUUUGCUGACCUUAUUAUUUCAGAAAAGAUUUUGUAUGUAUUAUAUUUGUGGGAAGGUAAAAUAAUGGUUUGAAAUUUUUAUCAAAUAUGGAGAGUAGUUAUUUAUGAAAAACAAAGAAAUGUCUAUUUUUGUUUCUUUGUUCCCAACUGAUGUAGAUAAAUUUUAAAGUGCAUUAAAGCAAUGGUAAAGAAAAUAAAGAGAUGCUGUACACA